AUGUCUGGAUAUAAAGGUAGACCGGCAUUUCAUACAUCAUCUGUCGCAAAAUUAGCGACCCUUUCAACAUCCACCGAGAUUGUGUCCCCGCCCGAGUCUAACGACAUCACGACUUACGCUAAUCGUGGAUCAAAUGCCGGCAGUCUCAUGAAACCACACAACAAGACUGGAUAUGCUGAUGAAUCAUUCCUAGAAUACGUCCUGGCGACUCUCGACAAAAUCGUUAACUGGGCUCAUCAGGCCUCAACCUCAACGUAUUUCUCCGACUAG